AAAGAGCUUGAACCAAAAAACAAGCAGAACAGACCCCAAGAGGAAUCCUGACUAGACUCUGAAGCAACAAAGAAAGCCUGGAAGACAUGAUGCUGAAGACAGUCAUCUACACUGGAGUCCUGCUUCUCAUUUGCAAUAAGGUCCUAGCUAGGGCAGAUCCACUCUACAGUCCUUAUUCAUCCAAAGACCUAGACAACUUGAAGACUCUGCUUGAACGCUUUGAGGAUACCUUGGGUCAAGACGAAGGCAAUGACAAUCAGCAGGAUUAUGACAUUGCAAACCCAGAGGGUGAAGGAUCCCAAGCUGGCUCCCCCUGGGACAGGGAAAGGGAGAGACAGAGGCCAGCUUCCGACUUCAAGAAGCCACAGGAGGGCUACCAGUCGCAGAGCAGCAGGCUCCGAGAUCUUCUGAUGGCUACAAGAAAUAACAGAGGUUCCUCUGGCUGCUUUGGUUCGAGAAUCGACAGAAUCGGCUCUAUGAGUUCUAUAGGAUGUGGGGGUUCCAGGAAAGGUUAGGCUUCUGAUGCAGUGAAGGAAUCUACACAAACAGUAAUUUUAAAAAAGGCUAAAAAUGAAUACUGGAUUUAUAAUUAUUUAUAAUCACUAAUUUAUAGUGAUGUUGGUUAGCUAGAGAAUCACACCUGUACUGUGUAUGUGUGUGUGGUGUGGUCU